CCCCGCUGGAGCCGAUCGAUGAUGCAGUUCCAUUCAUCUCCCUGGCCGGCGCAGUCGGGUUAAUCCAUCGAGGAGACGGUCGCUCGGUGCGAGAGGAAGCGGCGGCGCGAUGUUCCGUAACCAGUAUGAUAACGAUGUCACUGUUUGGAGCCCACAGGGGCGUAUACAUCAGAUUGAAUAUGCAAUGGAGGCAGUGAAACAAGGCUCGGCCACCGUGGGGCUCAAAUCCAAAACGCAUGCAGUUCUCGUAGCUUUGAAGAGAGCUCAGUCAGAACUGGCUGCUCACCAAAAGAAGGUGCUCCAUGUUGACAAUCAUAUUGGCAUCUCCAUUGCUGGUCUCACAGCUGAUGCUCGGCUACUGUGCAACUUCAUGCGCCAGGAAUGUUUGGAUUCCAGGUUUGUGUUUGACAGACCACUGCCAGUGUCCCGUCUUGUGAGCCUAAUUGGAAGCAAAACUCAAAUUCCAACCCAGCGAUAUGGACGGAGACCUUAUGGUGUGGGAUUGCUCAUUGCUGGUUAUGAUGAAAUCGGCCCUCACAUUUUCCAGACAUGCCCGUCUGCUAACUACUUUGAUUGUAAGGCCAUGUCAAUUGGUGCUCGUUCACAGUCUGCUCGAACCUACCUAGAGAGAAACAUGGAAGCAUUCCAGGAGUGUAACUUGAACGAAUUGGUUAAACACGGUCUGCAAGCCUUGAGGGAAACACUCCCUGCGGAUCAGAAUCUUGCUACAAAGAAUGUCUCCAUUGGAAUUGUGGGUAAAGACAUUAAUUUCACAAUUUAUGAUGAUGAAGAUGUUGCACCAUUUUUGGAAGGUUUAGAAGAAAGACCUCAGAGAAAGGUAGCUACAUCUGAAGAUGCCCCUUCUACUGAAAAAGCAGAAGAACCAAUGGAACAUUAAUUUACUGAUCUAUAUUGGUCGCUGAAAUUAUAUUUGCAGCGCUGAAAAGGCAUUGCUCUUGAGAAACUUAUAUUUCAAUAAAAUGGAGAUAAGCAAUACUGUAAUUGUUUUUUUUCCUAUGAAGAUUUUGUUACCUAUCAAUGUAAACCAUCUGUAAAACCAAUAAACUCACAAAUUAUCAAAA